CCAGAGUGAAGGGUAAGUAGGGAGUCCGAGGGAUGCGUCUGUAAUGGGAUUGGUGACAUCAGGGUCAACUCUUGGGGCAUCGUGUAUUUGGGGUGACUUUUUCUCAUCCGUUCUUCAGAAGGUACUUCAGACGUUGGGCUUUGGAUGGGACAAUGUCCAUUAGUGAGGUACCGUCAGGAUGACUAGGAGCUAGCAGUGUCCUUUUCCCAAAGAAGAUGCUGGGCCUGGCGCCCUGUUCCCAGACACAUAGGAAGUGACUCUACUUACUGGGGCAGUGUAUUCUGGUCUACUCACUCAGAUUUACCAUGGUCCUAUUGUAUAACCCCAUAGAAAGGGGAAAUCUCCGGAUGACAUCAGCAGGAGUGCCCCCUCUUUUUCUUGCUGUCCUCCACACUCCUGACCUUUGCUUGUGUCCAUCUCCUGACCUGGUGCCACUUUCUGCUGUGUGCUUCAUACCAGAGCAAGAUGGUAAAGGUAGAUCAGGCAGGGAGCACUUUCAGGACAGUGCUUGCACGCACACGAGUCAAGAGCUAUCUUUGUUACAGCAUGAGGGACAACACCAGUUACACUUUAUGGAGGGGCAAGCUAAGGCUCUGAGAUUAGAUGGCUGGUCCUGAAGACUUCUUACUGGUUAGAUAGAUUAUGGAAGUCAACAAGGAACAGUAGGACCAGUGUUCUACACGGGGCACUGAGAAGCAUCAGCUGGGUUGGUCGCCUGUCUCUAAAGGCUUUGAUUUUAACCAAUGCCAAUGAGCUCUGGCUGUGAGUGCUGAUGCAAGCCUGGAAUUCUAGAACUCAGGAGGCAGAGGCUGGAGAAUCAGGGGGUUGAGGCCAGCUUGGACUAUCUAAGAGCCUGUCUUUAAAAACAACAAAAACAAAUGGAGAGAGAUCAAAAAUUAAAUAACUUCUGCCCUGCUCGUUCAGGUUUGACACCUUUAAGAAGUUAUGACUGGCGGAGUGCUGUGUAUAUGAAAAUGGGGCUCUCUGGUUACCAGGACAGAUGGCCUUUUACAGAUGAGCCUGCAGCCUUGCGGAUUGAAUCUGGGGGCUGAAUGCUAGGGCAUGGAGAAGCGGGCGGCCUGGGAGCCGCAGGGCGCGGAUGCGCUGCGGCGCUUUCAAGGACUGCUGCUGGACCGCCGCGGCCGGCUGCAGAGCCAAGUGCUGCGCCUGCGCGAGGUGGCCCGGAGGCUGGAGCGUCUACGCAGGCGCUCCCUGGCGGCCAACGUGGCGGGCAGCUCCCUGAGCGCCGCCGGCGCCCUGGCAGCCAUCGUGGGCUUGUCACUCAGCCCGGUCACCCUGGGAGCCUCGCUGGUGGCGUCGGCCGUGGGCUUAGGGGUGGCCACCGCCGGAGGGGCAGUCACCAUCACGUCCGACCUCUCUCUGAUCUUCUGCAAUUCCCGGGAGGUGCGGAGGGUGCAGGAGAUCGCCGCCACCUGCCAGGACCAGAUGCGCGAGCUCCUGAGCUGCCUGGAGUUCUUCUGUCAGUGGCAGGGGCGCGGGGACCGCCAGCUUCUGCAGAGCGGGAGGGACGCCUCCAUGGCUCUUUACAACUCUGUCUACUUCAUCGUCUUCUUCGGCUCCCGUGGCUUCCUCAUCCCGAGGCGUGCUGAGGGGGCCACCAAAGUCAGCCAGGCCGUGCUGAAGGCCAAGAUUCAGAAACUGUCCGAGAGCCUGGAGUCCUGCACUGGAGCCCUGGAUGAACUUAGUGAGCAGCUGGAGUCCCGGGUCCAGCUCUACACCAAGGCUGGCCGUGGCCACAACCUCAGGAUCUCCACUGAUCUGGACGCCGCGUUGUUUUUCUAAGAGCAUCCUCAACCUAUAUGGAAUGUUCUAGAUUCGUAGCAUCCACAGGGAAGUGCAACAUGGGUGGAGUUGCAAAGGAUGAUAGAAACUCUUCUUGUAGGGCAUCCAUCUUUAGCUCCUUGUGUAUGUGAAGGAUUUUUCACUCGUGUAAUCCCAAAGGCGUUUGUGAUCCUAUUUGUCUGUGUAGUGGUUGUAGACUCAGACUGGGCCACGGAGCUAACUUGCUCUGCUCUUCCCACCCCAGACAGUUUAUCCAUUCACAGACCAAGCAGGACUAUUGCAUAGACUUUUCGGCAUGGCUUCAAAUUCACACCUCUAGGUGCCCUGAGAGGGAAAGCCACCAAAAGAGUCACUUUAAUCCCAACACACUCACCCCUUCACUUCCAUAAAGAAGCUGGGGGAGGGGCAAGCUGAAGUCCUUGACAAUUUUAAAUGACUGUAUGAGGUAGCAUAGAGGAGAGAGCAACGACUUUUGAGUUAAACAGUCUUGGAUUGAUCACAGGCUCUGUCCCCUACCAUCGUGUGACUUAGCCCCCUUAUCUUGCCAAGACUUGGCUUGUUCAGUGACACAGAUGGUGGUAAGAGCCUGCCCUGUUGUGAAGCCCUGAGACAAGAUUGACAAGCAGAGGCUAGCAAACCAAAUAUAGUUUAUGGCCUGGCUCCUGACUGUCACCUGGGGGCUCACUAGAAAGGUAAACUGAUGGACUCGGUCCCAGAUUUCUGAAAUCAGAGACUGCAAAUAUGAGGCCUACCUCUGGCUGGUUCUGCUGCCCCAUAAACGUUUAAAAUCGAAGACAGCAAAUGUUCAUCUCCAGCCAGGUGUGUUUGGGACAUACCUGUAAAGGCCAGCACUUGGAGAUAGAGACAGGGGGACCAGUAGUUCAGGGUCAUUCUUGGCUACCUAGUAAACUCAAGGCCACUCAAGAUUAUGAGACCCUGGUCUCAAAAACCAAACCAAAAAGCACUUAACUUCUGACUCCCUUCAGUUGUUCAAAGACCCUCCAGAGCCUUGGGCCUUCAGAGAUACUCUCAGAAAGUCCAGGAAAGACUGGCCCAGAAGCCAAAGAAAGACCAUGCUGUGUGCUGGUGUCCCCUAUAAACUAGGAGACAGAGCACUAUAGACCCUUUAGAGGGUAGCGUUGCCCAUUCAUUGUACACACUGGUACAGAGGUAAUGUGAACCUACCAGCAAAAACAAACAAAACCAAAAUGCUUUAUUCUUUGAAAACUCCAGACAACAUAUCUUUAUUUAUUUAAAGUUAGUUAUUUAAUUUCUGCAUAUUAUUUACAUUUGAUUUUAUUUAACUAUCACAUUUAGAAAAUAAUAAGAAUAGUAAGUGUCUGAAUGGGAAAGGAGUGUCCUAAGGCCCUUUCCGAGAGGUCAAGUUUGGAUUUCUAGAGUCUUUUUCCCUCAGAGAGGACUCUUCAGUGUUUGGCAUGAUCCUUGUAAGUAAGAUGGGGGAGUCCUGAAGAGAGAGACUAAGGUGAAUUUUAAACUAGUAAAUGGAGUCUUGAAUUGUGGGAGAUAUGAAUGAUUAAGCCUAUGUGUCCUGAAGGUACUUUGCCAGGAAACAUUUGACUUGAAAAAGAAAAUCUAUUUAAUCCAGGGGUGGAGGAAUAGAGACACAUGAAGGAAGCACUUAGACUUCGGAAACCUGAUGUCCUGUGAAAUCCUGUUUUUGUAAAAUUGUGUUAUGAUAGAGAUCUGUCGCAUUUUGACCUUGAGGCUGAAAGAAACCUGUUAUCGAUGUUGAAGAAAGUAGUUCUAAUUUAUUCAGUGUCUUCCUAAAUUAUCCUUUUAAAAAGUUGGAAAGUCUUUGGGACCAUACCCAAAAAACCUUGGCUGUAUAUUUAAAUUAUUUAAUGUCUGUGCAGCCCCUGUGCUUCCCAAUGAUGGCCGUGAGUCUGAGGAAAUGUAAUUUUGGCAUGAGGGGAAGGGGCUGCUGUUUCUAUAUUUGUUUUUGUUUUCUAUAAACUGUAAUUAAUUAAUUUGACAUUGAUUUUUUUUUUGACACUGUGUUUUUCUCUAGGUAGCCCUAGCUGACCUGGAACUCACUCUAUAGAUCAGGCUGUCCUCAAACUCACAGAGAUCUGCCUGCCUCUGCCCCCUGAGUACUGGGAUUAAAGGAGUGUGCAGCAUGCCCAACUUGGUUUUUUUAACUGGUGUGAUUUCUAGACUGCCUUGUGUGGGCACUGGAGUAAACCUCAUGUUCUCCCUCUGUCGUCUGGCUAAAGCCAUUCCCUGAUGUCAUCAUGUAUUGAUGCUUCAUCUCAGGUUAUACGGCUCCAAUACUGAGCUCCAUAUAAAACAAAAUGGGAAUGUUUUGAGUAUAGUAAAGUACUAAACUUCUAAAGGUUUUAUCAGUGGUCUGCUUUGUGCGUAUCUGAGAAAGUGUCUACUUUUGAUCCAUAGUUGGAUGUAGUGGUAACUCAGCCUACAACCAAGGCAUGAUGGCAGAAGGGUUUAGAGGUUGAGUUCCAGGCCCCCUGAGCUACACAAUGAGAACUCAUCUCAAAAACAAAAGGAAACAACCAAAACUGAAAACACAUUUGAAUAAGUCACUGUUUGUCUGUAUUAUGAGGGAUUACUUGGUCAUUCUCUUUCUUCUGUGUAGGCUUGUUGUGAAGAUUGGAGGAUUUGCCAGGGGUUAGCAAAGUUCAGUACAGUUGAUCCUAGAGACAAAUUGUUUAUUUCUUUCAUGGGACAGUGAAGUGGGUUUUCCUUUUGACCUUCAUUCUGUAAGCAAGCAGGUUGAAAGGGUUUGUGGCAAAAAUGAAAAGAGAGAAAUAAAUGGCAGGGUUUGGAAAAUACGUGUUUGUUCUA